GUGGGGAUAAAGCCAACAAGAACUACUUUAUCCCGUGCGCAAGACCGGCUCCACCUCGGCAGCACGACCCCACAGAUCAUGGGAAUAGUGCAACAAGCAGAAGAUCCACCUCCAUGUGCAAGAAACAACGAUGAUCGGGGACUACACGCUUCAUCUGUUGGCGCGUCUUCAUCUUCGUCCCUGCGACAGGAACCAGAUUCCUCAAGACUGGAUGCGAAUUUCCAGAACUUGGUGCGCAUCAAAAACGAGGUUCUGCGGAAAUUGUGGGACAGAGGCGACUAUCCUGUGCAAAAGUAUCGUAUUCGUAUAACUGCAAGUCUUGCAUUACAAAUCUAUCUUUUAAGGUAAAUCAGCAUUACAAAUUUUAUUUCUCAUGCUGAGAAAAUUUGUAAUGCAUUUAUACGAGUACGAUACUUUUCCUUUUGCAGUUCAUAGCGACUUUGUCGAUAUCAGGAAUGAAAUCAGGGACGAAUUGCAAGAUGAACAACUCGGGAUAAAAAUUUCAUCUGGCCGUGGGACGAUCGGACAACAACAAGGUGGUGCUGACAAAAAUCUUGCCGGUCGUGCUUCUGGUUCGACGAGUUCCUCCUCCUCCUCUACUUCAUCUACAGAAGCUUUAAUAGCUGCGGCACAACAUCCAAAUCUUCACCAGGUCGCCUUUAUUUCGAAUGACCACAUACACGACCGACCGCCGACUUCUAUGUUAGAGGGGGUCGUGAUGGGCCAUGCAGGUGGAGAUCUUCACGGCCAGCAGCUCGACGUCCAACAAUCCCCUACUUUAACAUCCGGGCCUCUUUCAACAUCGCGUGCUCCUGCUACGAGUCCGCGUGGAGCGCCAGUUCCUCUUGCAGGCGGGGCUUCUGGCAGCUCUACUUUUGCUGCUGUGCCAAGAAUCUUCAAUGUUGACCGUGGUGGUGCAGAAGUAGUACCUGCUCCUCCUCUGUCCUCCACUCCAAGGCUAGUACGUGUUCAGGCAGCUACCAGUUCUGGUGCAGCAGCUUCCGGCAACAUCGAGGAGCUUUUGCGCCAAAGACUAGUAGCGGAGCAACUCCUCGGCGUCGGGCAAAGGCCGUCGAGGACGGCGAGACCAAAUGUUGGCAAAAAUCCUACGGCCGUCAUCGCCCGUCCUCGUCGUGCAACAGAACAAGAAUCGCCACCGCCGGUAUUGAAGAUACCGGAGAUGAUGGUAUUGCCUAGCUGUGGCCAAGAACGAACCUGUCGUGGCACAAAUAACCACCGGGAACAACGCCGUGUGCUGUCAGAUGUUCAACAUCAAUCAGGGCGGCAGCAGGGAUCAGCGUCAAUGUCAAAUCUUCAACGAGACCUACAGCAGAGAAAACGGGACUACAAAAGCAGUGCCAAACGUCGUCAAGGCCCCCGGAGGCAACUGGGUCACGCUGCUGCAGCAACUCCUGACGGGGACCACGGAAUUACAUCAAGGGAACAAGGAGCAAGGUUGGCAGAUGGGCAGCAUGGAUCAUAUUCUUUCCCGGAGCGAAUGAGCCAGAUGUGGAAAUUCAUGAUGACGCCUAGAGGGACAACUACGUCGGAGCAACAGGGAGGAGAACAAGUAGAAACGAGAAAACGCAAGCAGAAAAUUAAAACCAGGAAAUCUGCAGCUUCUUCCACGCUCAACAACACCCGAAGCCGCCGCGGCACGACACAGGAAGAAGAACUAGAACAUCAACGCCGACGUGGCCCUCUCACGUUAGAGGACCUGUAUUCGGAAAAGGAAAAGAAGUUGCUGACCAUUCUGGACGGAAUCAUGCAAGAGAAACCGGAAGAAAGGGAAAUUCCAGAGGAAGCAGCAGUAGACCAUGAUGAACAAGAAUAUGACGAAGAUGGUCGUGCUCAACAGAGCAGCAGUGGCAGGAUUCCCCGCAGUGAAGUAGACACCAGUGAAGAACAUGAGCCGGAGAAAAUUUAUCUCAAGAAAACGCGUUUGCGGAAGAAAACCCCGGCACAGAGGACGAAUUUUCCGCAACAGGUCCCGGACCCCACACUGCCGAAGUUCGUGGAUGUGACGGUGCACGGGGUUUUAUCCUGGGCAAAAACGUCCCCAGCACCUCAGAGUCAAGUUGGUAAAUCUGCAACAGAAAUCUCCAAGUUUUGGGAGUUGUGCAUGACGAAUUUCCAUCUGCAGUGUAGUGCUGGUUAGCACGGGCAGCCGCAUGAGAAAGCCACUUUCUCAUCCUGGUUACGGCAUUACAAAUGCCAAAACACGAUUGGAAAUGCCUCUCAUGGGGAUGCGCAUUGCAAAUGUUUCUGUCAUUGCGCAUUCGCAUGACAACUCUGGGCUGGGGACGUUUUUUCUCAGCAUAUGCUGGUUGUUUCGCCCUGAUCAGCAAUCGGGGGGUGCUGUUGUUUUCGAAAACGCGGAUUUUGGCUGGAUUAUUGGUGAGUCGGGAGAGGUAUGAUAACGUUGAGAGGCGGAGUGGUGAACAUGCCCCUCCUAGCAGUAUCCACAGUAAAUUUCAUACUGUACAUGUACCAAUGCGGUUUCUGCAUGACAAAGCUUUCCUUUAAUUCUACUCAGCAUGACAAGUGGCAUGCUCCAAGUCGGUGAAAUUUGUGAUGCAUUUUGUACAUGUACAGUAAAUUUGUAUUGCAUACGCAGUAGCAGUAGUUCCAGUUCGCCGCAACUGUGCAGCGCCUCCUGGUGCCCCGAUCCACGGCAGUGGUUUUCUCCGUGUGAAGAUGUUGACACAGAUGAACAAGCCGGCCACCUACCGGAACGGAGGGGCGAGGACGAGAGAGGUGGACCACGCAGAGCUCGACAACAGGGCACGACUUCCUCGCGUUCCUCGACAAGUAGGACGAUGUCCGGCCACCUACACCAAGGUUGUUCUUCAUGCUCAGGUGGAGCACCUGCAUUCUCCUGUGCAACAGCAGCGAGCGCGCUCCUUCCGCCCACCUGGUGGCAAGUCAUGAGUGGAUUAAUAUGGGCUAGCAGUGGCAGUGGGGACAAAAAAUCCUGGAGGAGAGGAACGCAGGACGUGGAGGUUCUACCUUCGGAGCACCAGGCCGCCCUCGGGACGAGUGGUGGUUCUUCGGGCGGUUGCACAACAGAUACUAGCACAAUUUCUGGCGCCGUCGCAGCGGGAGGUAGUUCAGCAUGCUGUGGAGCAGCCGGCGGGCCUCCUUCCGUCGAUGGAAAACUGGCGGAAUCCCUCCUCCGGAUGAGAAUCCGAGACCCGUCGAUGUCCUCUUCACGACGUGCUGACCCUUUACUUCAUUCUCAGGAACCGGAAGAGGAACAACACGUGGCUCCUCUUGCAUUGGCCGGCAGUAGUUCGUCACGUGGGCCACGGGAGGCUUCUUAUCUUAGCACAUCAGGACAGCUUUUGGAAGAACUACCAGCUUCGGUAGAUGUUGAGGCACAAGACGACGAGGAGCAUGAAGAAAGCAUCUACACUGCAUCCAGGGGCGGUUCCUCCAGCAACACCACCAGCACCACGUCUUGCCACCACUGCGCACAAAUUCUAUCGCAGUCAACAUCUCGUCGGCGGGAUGGUGGUGAGGACGACAACUCUGAGUUCAUUAAUUUUGGGCGGCGAGGAGGAUUUCAACCCUCGAGCAGUUCAUCGUUGUACCCCUACGGUACCAUCUGCAUGCUGCGAGAACUACAACAAGGUGUAUUCGCAUCAGAAAAGCGCUUCACGACUGCAAAUGCUCGCCACAGCUCACACGACACGACCACCAGAACCUGCAGAACCACCACGAUCCCGAUUGAAGAGUACGUGGCGUUUCCCUUGUUUGAUGAAGAUGACACCAGGAGCAUGUCGGGAUCGGGAAAAAUCACUACAGGCGCUGGACCAUCGAAAACAAGAACUACAGCGGAACAAAUGUUGGACGGAACAGGACCACAAGAAGAGGAGGACCAAGAUUUAUUUUCAACAGAUCCUGGAACAAGUCGAAGUGGUCUCGCUGCAUUGUCCACCACGACCGCUGGUAGUGGUACUGGUUUGUUACGAGAAUCUGAAUCUUCACGAGAUCUACUUCAAGAUCACCGAGGGAACAAAGCAGAACUCCUAAUCAGCCGGAACCUGUUCAACCGAUUGCGGGACGAACGGGGGUUAUUUGGGUUUCGGAUGAGAGCAGGACAUGAUCAAACCGGAACUACAUCCAAACCGGAAAUGGAGGACUUCUCGGUGGAAGAGAUUAAUGUCGCAUUUUUAGCCUCUUUGUGGAAGGAGAAUUACUUCGACAGCAGGAUUGUAUGGCGUUCUCAACUGUUACAUUCUCAACUGUUACAUGAUUUGUCAUGCAAAAUUACAAUCAGAAUUGACACGAUCAAGCUGCUUCGCAUGACAAAUUCGCGAAGAGCCAAACAGGCUCAGAAUCUGCGCCGAAUCUGUCAUGCAAUACGCGCAAGGCCACCCCUUUUAGUUUUGCCGUUCUUGCAUCACAAAUUCAUGUAACAGUUGAGAAUGUAACGUUUGAGAACGCCAUAGAUUGUCGGAUGAAUUUCUGGCACGGCGUGAGGCUCUUCGGAGCGGGGAGAAAAGAGAAGUGUAGGUUGGUCGUGGGGAGAUUGUACUAGGCUCGUUAUGAUGUGAGCGAUUUUCUAUUUGUAGUUGCACUCGCAGCAAUUCUCACUAGACUUCUUGUGCAAAGAUAUCUAAGAAUUACGAGGAGAUGACACAUAGAAACUUUUUGGCGCACGCUUCGAACAAGUGCGACUGCCUACUUAUAUGCUUUGUCUUUGAUGUGUUUCUGCUAUUUAUAGAAUCGGAAUGUUGAAAGAUGAAUUUGAGAAUACGGAUUAUGAGUGUCCUUUUUGCUAAUUUUUUGUGAAGAGAACAUGAACAACGAUAAGCAACAAGAGCACAACUGGACCAUGCUCAAUGUGUUUCUGAAGCACAAAUGCUGACGUUGUGAGCGCUUUUCACAUGAUUAUGG